AUCCUCACCAUCAUAAAACAUCGGGGGCGGCCCAUGGUCGAAAGCCCGAAACCCUAACCUCGCCGCCGCCGCCAGAUCAGGGUUUCCCGGUCCCCCAUCCAUCUCCUCCCAAAGCUAUCGCCCUCCCCCGCCCAAAUCCCCUUCACCCGCCAGCCUCCGCUUGUCUUCAGAUCCGAUGCGCGCGCACCUUCGCGAGGUGUGACCUUUGUAAAUGGCUGGUUCUGUGUAUUUGUUGUGAUGGUUCCUUGAGGACGGUAUCUGAGUGAGGAGGAUCAACCACCACUUAAAUAGUGCACUGUGGAAAGCUGUCCAGUAGCAGCAUGGAAUCUGCUGCUCCUCAUACCCCUCUUAUACAUGGUCUUCCCGAUGAGAUUGCUCUUGUUUGCUUAGCAAGGGUUCCUCGACGGUAUCAUAAUGUUCUCAGGUGUGUCUCAAGGAGAUGGAGAGCAUUGCUAUGCAGUGGUGAAUGGCACUCUUGCCGCAAGAGGAACAACUUGGAUGAGUCGUGGAUAUAUGUAAUCUGUAGGGAAACUGGCAUCAAAUGCUAUGUAUUAGCUCCAGAUCCUUCAAGUCGUUCCUUGAGAGUCAUGCAUAUCAUUGAACCCCCAUGCUCAGGGAGGCAAGGUGUUUCCAUUGAGGCCUUAGACAAGAGGCUAUUUCUUUUGGGUGGUUGUAGUUGGCUAAAUGAUGCUACGGAUGAAGUUUACUGUUAUGAUGCCUCUUCAAAUUGCUGGAGCGUAGCAGCUCCAAUGCCUACAGCUAGGUGCUAUUUUGUGUCUGCAUCUCUUAAUGACAAGCUUUACAUAACUGGUGGACUUGGUUUGACAGACAAGUCACCAAAUUCUUGGGACAUCUAUGAUUCGGCCACAAACACCUGGUGCGCACACAAGAAUCCAAUGCUCACUCCUGACAUAGUAAAAUUUGUUGCAUUGGAUGAGGAGCUGGUGACCAUUCACAGAGCGGCCUGGAACAGGAUGUACUUUGCUGGCAUAUACGAUCCAUUGGAUCGCACCUGGAGGGGCACAGAAAACGAAAUCGCACUCUGUUUUUCCAGCCCAACAGUUGUUGUGGACGAGACACUCUACAUGUUGGAGCAGACACUCGGCACGAAGCUAAUGAAAUGGCAGAAGGACACGAAGGAAUGGGUCAUGCUGGGUAGGCUGUCUGACAAGGUUACAAGACCCCCAUGCGAGCUCGUGGCUGUUGGCAGGAAAAUAUACGUGAUUGGAAGGGGGUUGAGUAUAGUAACAAUCGAUGUGGAUACAGCGGCCAGGGUAGAUGGGUUCUUGGUUACCUCGUCUGCAGCUCCAUUGGUGGAGCAGGACUUGUCACCCGAGAGAUGCAGGAUUAUCACCAUCUGAAGGCAUCUGAGCUUGAUCCCAGAGUACAACUUACUGCCGAUUGCUAUGCCUGGUUAACUAGGACGAUUCAUGCACAUAAAUGAAAUAAGGCAACACCAUAAGGUCAAUAACUAGUUGGUUUUUUUUUCGUUUUGUUUUUGCUGUAUCGUGUAUGUUGACUGAAAGAAAAGACGUCAGCGUUACUAGCUUUUUUUU